CUGUGUUUGAUGACUUGUCCAAAGUCAUGUUCCAGGGUGAUCAUGUGUGGCUGGACACUCAAUCAAACAGUGAAUUUAAUGUCCCUAUUGGGGCAGUAGUGAAGGAAUCUGACUCAGGACGGAUCUUGCUGGAGGAUGAUGAAGGCAAGGAGCACUGGAUCACAGCGCGGAACAUGCACGUGGUGCGCCCGAUGCACCCGUCCUCUGUCCACGGGGUGGAGGACAUGAUCCGCCUGGGGGAUCUCCACGAGGCUGGCAUGGUGCACAACCUCUUCAUCCGACACCAGGAGCACAAAAUUUACACUUACACAGGAUCGAUCCUGGUAGCAGUGAAUCCAUACCAGCUGCUGCCCCUCUACACAGUGGAUCAGAUCAGACUGUACUGUAACAAGAGGAUUGGAGAGCUUCCACCUCAUGUCUUUGCCAUUGCAGACAACUGCUAUUUCAACAUGAAGAGGAAUAAGAGAGACCAGUGCUGCGUGAUCAGUGGAGAAUCUGGAGCUGGGAAGACUGAAAGCACAAAGCUAAUACUACAGUUUUUGGCAGCUGUCAGUGGCCAACAUUCCUGGAUAGAGCAGCAAAUCCUAGAGGCCAACCCCAUUCUGGAAGCUUUUGGAAAUGCCAAGACAAUUCGAAAUGACAAUUCCAGCCGCUUUGGGAAAUACAUUGAUAUCCACUUCAACCAGAAUGGUGUGAUAGAAGGAGCUCGGAUAGAGCAGUUUCUCCUGGAGAAGUCCCGGGUUUGCCGGCAGGCUCCAGAGGAGAGGAACUAUCAUAUCUUCUACUGCAUGCUAAUGGGGAUGAAUACAGAGCAGAAAAAGAUGCUCAAUCUGGGCACUGCUUCAGAGUACACUUACCUCACUAUGGGCAACUGCAUGUCCUGCGAUGGCCGGAACGACGCGAAGGAUUACGCCCACAUCCGCUCGGCUAUGAAGAUCCUCAUGUUCUCAGAUUCUGAGCACUGGGACAUCAGCAAGCUGCUGGCUGCAAUCUUGCACCUAGGGAAUGUAGAGUUUGAAGCUGCUGUGUAUGACAACCUGGACUGCUCCGACGUGAUAGACUCACCACACUUUUCAAUCGCCACCAAACUGCUUGAGGUGGACUACAAUGAACUCCAGAACAGCCUCACAAACCUUUCCAUCAUUGUCCGUGGAGAAAGUGUGUCCAGGCCUCUGAAUGUGGCUCAAGCUGCUGAUGGGAGGGAUGCCUUUGUGAAGGGUAUAUAUGGACGGAUUUUCCUGUGGAUAGUGAACAAGAUCAACUCAGCCAUUUUCAACCCAGCUUCUCAGAAUCCUAAAUACAGACGUCAGUCCAUUGGGCUCCUGGACAUCUUUGGGUUUGAAAACUUCAGCAACAACAGCUUUGAGCAGCUCUGCAUUAACAUUGCCAACGAGCACCUUCAGCAGUUCUUUGUGCACCAUGUCUUCAAGCUGGAGCAAGAGGAAUACCUCGCAGAGCACAUUGCCUGGAACAACAUUGAGUUCACUGACAACCGCCAGGCUCUGGAAGUCAUCGCGCUCAAGCCCAUGAAUAUCAUCUCCCUCAUUGAUGAAGAGAGCAGGUUCCCCAAGGGCACAGAUGUCACCAUGCUCGUCAAAAUCAAUUCCCUCCAUGGCAAAAGCAAAGUCUACAUCCCACCUAGGAGUGUCCAUGACACCAAGUUUGGCAUCAACCACUUUGCUGGGGUUGUCUUUUAUGAAUCAAAAGAUUUCCUGGAGAAAAAUCGUGACACACUGAGUGCUAAUGUAAUGCAAGUGGUUCAUUCCUCUAAAAACAAAUUCCUGAGAGAGAUUUUCCAGCAGUCAGCAUGUGUUUACUCUUCCCAGGGCUUGGAUACCACCAAGAGGCUCUCUACUCUGGGAGGACAGUUCAAGCAAUCCCUGGAAAAACUAAUGAAAAUCCUUGAGCAGUGCCAGCCAUACUUCAUCCGCUGCAUCAAGCCAAAUGACUACAAGAAACCACUG